CACAGAGGAAGAUGAUCAACAAAAUGGCUAGCUGGAGAAGAGCCCUGGUUACCGUCCACCGCAUCCUCAACUCCACGACCACAACCAAUCACAUCUCAGUUACAUCCCCUUUAAGGUCUCAAUAUGGGCUGUUUUCACGUUAUUCAACGUUAAACAAAAAUGAUAAUAAAAAUCCAUCAUUGGAUUUUGACCUAUCUAAUGAAGAAAGCAAAAGGAGAUUAUGUAACAGGCUGUUGUAUAGGAGCAGACAAAGAGGGUUUUUGGAGCUGGAUUUGGUGUUGGGGAAAUGGGUAGAAGAGCAUAUUUAUUCUAUGGAUGAAAAUGGUGUUAAAGCACUAAUUGAUGUUCUUGAUUUGGUAAAUAAUAAUUCUCCAUCAUUUCAUUUGUUGGUCAGCAUGAGUUUUUAUAUAUUGUCAAUUGGAACCAAAGUAUUACAUUUGCCACAGCUCUUUGGUUCUGAUUUUUGUGUUGUCCAUUACGCAAUGGCUUGUGCUGAACCUGAAGACCUUCGGCAGGUUUUCUCUGCUGUGCGUGACAAGAUCAUGAACAAUCUCAGCAGCCAUGCUGCCCCCGAGACACGGGCAAUACCUGGACAGCCAUGGGUAAGAGGAUGGGAUGAUAUCAAGAAAAGUGCUGGCAGCCCAGUGGCUGGAAACCAGUAGCCCUACUACCACCAGGAAGCUAUAUAGACUGUUCAUUUGAGCUUUUUGACGAGUCAUAAUCUAUUAACGUGUGCUCUUAUGAAUACCGUAAUUGUUGUUGUUAUUUCUUCUCAUGACUAGCAAAAUGAAAAAGGACCGUUGGCUGUUAACAGAAGUGGAGCUGUAUUUGGAGGUUUUUCAUUUCACACUGUUGAACCUUAUAAUAAGAUUAUUUGAUUCAGGA